AUGGCUUCAUCUUCCGCAAAGCCUGAGGCACGCAGUCUUGCCGCUGCCCCGUACAACUGCCCGGACUGUACCAAAGUCUUCGCCAGACCUUGUGAUCUGAACAAACACAGCAAAUCUCACACUCGACCAUUCAAGUGCCAACAUUCCGAUUGCAAGUACUCUUACCUUGGCUGGCCAACAUUGAAGGAACUCGAACGCCACAACAAUGAUAAGCACUCUCCUAACCCGAUCAUCUACGCCUGCGAAUACGAAAAUUGUGAAUACGAGUCCAAACGCGAAUCGAACUGCAAACAACACAUGGAGAAGGCCCAUGGAUGGAUGUACACCAGGAGCAAAUCCAAUGGCAAACAACCCGCGGAUAGCUCUCCGAUGGCCCCCGUUUACCGGCUAAAGCCUGGGCCCCACAUUGCCUCAGCAUGUUCUACUCCAGCCAUCAAGUCGUCGUCUGAGUUGCUGCCUGUCCCCAACCAUCAUCAGGAUUUUACCCUAUUUCAGGAUGACACCGACCAGUCCGUCGUAUUCGAUGAAGAGGAUGAGGAUCCAAGUCACCAUCAUGAUGCUCCUCAACUUUUCCCUUGGACAUCGCCUGCUACCCGGCUACGGAGGAACGGAACCAUGAUUGAACGAUUUGACCAGACAUAUCACGGCAACCAACCUCUCAGGAUCAGUGAUAUUCCGGUUGACCCAUCGCUCUCCAAUCUUGUGCCACAAGUCUUAGCAUCUGCGGCAGUCCCAUCUAACUCAAUAACAUGUGUGAAUAACGGCACCAAUACCCCAGAGACCUCCAGGCAGACUCAAUCAUCGAGACAACAAUCAAGCAGGGCCCCACGUCGCCAACGGAGGAGAAACAGCGAUGCUGCCGCAUCAAGGAAGAGAUUCAAGCUAGACCCUUCAGAAGGGCUCGGCGACGACGAGGGAUUCACCGACAGCACUAUGCCGUGUAUCUUCCGGCACUCCCACCCCCACCUCUACAAUAAGGAGACCAGGGACAAGUCUGAUCCAUGCCAUACACCACAUCGAGACAUCUCAACUCUAGCACGACAUCUGCUCCGACCGGCCCAUCGCCUCAGCGUGGACCCACGGAUGAUAUCGUCGUUUGAGAUUCAGGACAGCAACUAUCUGCACCCACGGGUUGGCCUUUGCCGCCGUUGCUGGCAGCCUUUCUUUGACCCCUUGGCAUUUCAGAAUCAUGUGGAUCUCGAAUGCGAGAAGGUGUCUAAAGGAAAGCGGGAGAAGUGGCGUAUAAUGCGUGACCUUUUCACGCCAUUGGUCCAACAGCAUAACGAGCAGAGCAGGCUUUCACCAAACUUUGACAUGGAAGGGCAAGAAAACGCGGUAUACCGAACAAAAGGUUCGAUUCGCACAAUAUACAAUGCUGGAGACAAUGCUCACCAAGGUUUGGUCUCUGGUACCGUUGCUCCGACCAAUCAUGGGACAUUGGCCCCCUCCAGAACCAGUCUCGAGAGUGAAAUCCAGAAACUCAGAGAAGAAAACCGUCAGCUCAAGGAAUCAUUAGUGACCCGUGAAUCUAGACAAGAGUCACUAGCGAGUACUGUCCACAGCAGUGCCAUCCAUCAUGCCUCCGAGAUGGCAUCUGGUCUUGGAUUAGUCUCUGCGCCUCGGAUACCCACUUCCAAGGAUUCGAACUCGGAUCAGGAGAGCCUAGUAGGAUACAUGGAUUCUCAAUCCACGGAUGUUGACCGCGAUGGCUUGAUGAGCGAGACGCCGGAAACGUUCAUGAGGCAGAGGCCAGGGCUCAACUUGCCCUCCCACUCAAGCGUUCACCACGUUCCAACAAGCCCGUCAUCUGUACUGAACGACUCAUUCCAAGAUGUCCCGAACUUCAGUCAACCAUCAACAAGCGUGUUGCUCUUCUCCGCUCGAAAGAAUCCCACUUCACUCGCCGAUUCCGCCUACGGUACCUGCACCGACCCUAGGCGAGGAAGCCUGGGCGAGCCUGGUCAGGCAGCAGUGAUGGCAGAUAUCUCAGGUGGUCCGCACAAGAACUGGUUCAAUAACUUGAGCCAACAACGACAAGAUGGGGGGGUCUUUUACUCUGUUCGGCGACUACCAAUUUGGCAACAACGGCGACUCAUCAGGGAACAAUAG